CUUAUGACUUGUAGAGUCUUGAAAUUUAUAAAUUUUUGCAUCCUUAGCGAAGCACUUGCAACAAUUUCUUAACGAAAUUAGAAAAUGGUUAAAGUUUGGUAUAUGGAUAACGAUACCACAAGUGACCAACGCUUGGAACAUCACAGGAAUCCCCCAGAAUAUUUAUCUCUUGAUGAACUAGUUCAGAAGACCGGCGUAGAAUAUUACAGCCUAAAUGUUGAGUCAUACACCACAGACGGGGUUCUUGAACAAAUAAAAAAAGAACGAGGCUACACUUAUGAAGAUGAAAUCACCUGCUCGGAAAACUGUCUAGCCAACUAUGAAGAAAAGCUUAAAUCCUUUUAUACAGAACAUCUGCAUACUGAUGAGGAAAUACGACUAGUCAUUGAAGGCUCUGGUUACUUUGAUGUACGAGAUGGUGCAGACCAAUGGAUACGCAUAGCUGUGUUUCCAGGAGACCUCAUCAUAAUACCAAGUGGAAUCUACCAUAGAUUCACACUAGAUUCUAACAAUUACAUUCGUGCCAAGCGCUUCUUCGUCGGUGAACCGGUGUGGCUGCCAUACAACCGCCCUGCUGAUGACAUGUCCUGUCGUAAGGAGUACGUCGACAAACUGCAAAAGGGAUUUGUAUCAGUUAAUUAAAUUAAAUAAUUUUGCCAUGUUGGUACUAAUGAGAUGGGUCAGUAUGAUGUAACUUCAUGUGAUGGUACCUGGUUUAUAUACCACACAAUAUACAGGGGUGGGGUUCCUUUUAUGUUCUUCUUUAGUUACUUCAUCGUUUAUAACUGUUUUUAUGUUUUUAUUUUCUGGCUCUUUUGCCAGUUCUUCAUCUGUCUCGUACUGAUUAAGUGUCUGCCUCUUUCUUUUGUAUUAAGGGGCUUAGAUUUUUAGUGGAUCUAUCUCAAGGAUGGUUACUGAACUUUACUGUUGAGUAUCUUUGAGUGUAUCAAAAUCGAAACAAAAGGCUCUUGUAUUUCAUUCUCCGGGGAUAACACAGCACAAGUAGCAACCCAUACCCAAGCAUAUCAUCAUCACGCCCAAACACUUAUUCGGAGUAAAACACAUAAUCGAGACUUGUGUUUUGAUCCGUCUGUGAGUCUUGACUAAAUUUUAUCAAAAACUUUUUUUAGUUUGGCAUACUUGAGCAUAUUUAUGUCCGGAUCAAAUAAAACAUUUCAUUAAUUUCGGCUAUUGCCUUUAUUCUGUGCAGAGAAAAUGUAUGACCUGCUGAAUAUGUUUUCAUCUGACCUAAUUAAUACGUAUUUUCCAUUACUAUGGGCAAGAGUUGGAUGUUAUGUUAAACCCUGUAUCAUCUGUUAUGUUUACAGUCGAAGUAUUGUGUUUACUUUAAACUAAUGUUCUAACAUCUAUUAUCAAUAUUCAGUUCAUUCAGUAGUUUGUUGUUUUAGGACAUGUACUAAGCAAGGUGCUUUCAUCAAACAAGGGCCUUUUGAUCCUUUCUGUAAUUUACAAGAAGAAUUCUAUUUAAUAUUCCCAGGAACCCAUCUUAGGGAGCGUUCAAGUAUUACGUAACGAGUUUUGGGAG